CGGGUUACGGGGAUCUUGUUUUAGUUUACGGAGCCGCAGGUUGUUGAGUUAACGCCGCUGCCGUGUAAAAUAAGCCGAUACACGUACGACGUUACUUGGUAAAAGUUACCCACGCUGGUCUCAACCACGUUUGUUUGGCAGCCUUUUCUACCUCAGCAGAGAUGUUUAAAAUCUCAAGUUUAUUCAGCUGCGACGUCACAUGAUACAAUUUAAUAUAAUUCCUCGAUAAAACAGUCUGUUUUAAUGCGAAUGUAUUAUGGGUAGUUUUAAUGCGGCAUAACCUAUUUCACCAUUUUACGUUUUGGUUGUUGCCAUUGACAAGUUAUCAUCUAAGAUUCUUUAUAUAUUUUUCUUGUUUAUUGUAAAAUAGUGUUUGUACAUUGAGAGCGGAGUGGAAACCGGAGCCAAAUUCCAUGUAUGUGUACUGUACAUGGCCAAUAAAGCUGAGUGAUUCUGAAGAUGGCUAAUGUUUCAACAGAUCUUAUUCACCAUGGACAUGGUAGAGGAAAUGAUGCCACCGACUGAGGAAAAAGAGAGGCAGGAGGAAGAAGCAGAAGAUUUAGAAGGAGGAGAAGAUGAUGCUGCAGAUGAGGAAGAAGAGAAGGAGGGAGAUGAUGAAGAACAGAAAGGUGGGGAUGAACAGGAAGUCAAAGCAAUCCCACAGGCCGCAAAUAAAAGAAAAAGAAAAAGAAUUCCAUUGCCCAAAAAAAAACCCAAAGAGAGAAAGAAGGAUGAGGUUCUGAACCUCAACAACGAGGUGGUGAGGAUGAGGAAGGAGGUGAAGAGGGUGAGGGCUUUGGCCAUCAGAAGGCUGACGCGGCAGAUCGCUGCGCUGAAGAAGAAGAAGGGCAAAGAGAUGGAGAUUGAGAAGAAUCAGAGGAGAGCUGCCAGACUGCUGGAGGAGAUCCAUGCCAUGAAGACCCUCUCACCAGACCUGGUGACAAAGACAGCCUUGCAGAAGGAUCUACACUUCGAACAGGUGUGCAAAGACCCCAAGUCUACCAUGUCCGACCGGGCCACAGCACGCAUCGCCACUCACCCUCAGUUCAACAAGAAGAUUGAGGAGAUCAAAGCUGCCGUGAAAGCCUUCAAAGAGGAGCGGAUGAAGGGUGGAAAGCAGGGAGGGAAGGAAAAGGUGCAAAAUACAGGUGGGAAGGUGACUACACAGUCAGCAGAGCGAAAGAGUGAGAAAAAAGAGGACAUUAUAGUGGAGCAAAAGGAAAUCCUAGACAAAGAGGAAGGAGGUGAUAUCCUUAAAGACACUCAAGAUGCAACUGUUGCCGAACCUGAAAAGGAAACCAUGAAAGCAAGUCCUUCAGCUGAUACUGCGGAUGGUCAAAGGAAAGAGAUACCAGAGGCUAAGAAUGUAAUAUUAGCAUCAGUAAAAGGCAGUGAAGGAAAGGACGUUGUGAAAAAUACACCUCAAGCUAAACAUGCAGAAAAGAAACCCGAUCCUCAGUCUGCACCAGAAGUGCUCCAGAAAAAGGAGGAUGAGGAAGAGAGUGAUCUAGAGGCAUCAGAUGAUGAAGAGAAAGAGUACUUUGAUGACAGCACAGAGGAACGUUUCCACAAGCAGUCGUCCCAGUCCGAGGAGAGCGACGACGGCUUCUUUGUGGGAAAAGUGAGCAAAUUCAAGAAGAAGAAGAAUAAGCAGGAAAGUGUAGAAGGGGACAAGGCCGAUGAGCGGCGUGAAGGGAACGGUUCAGACCGGGUCCAGAGAGAACUGGAUGAGCUUGAGUCCAGGCUGAGGUCUAAAGGGACCUCUCUUCAGUCUGUCUUUUGUUCUACCCUCUCUUCGUCUAAGCUGGGCGGGGGCAGAGGGAGAGGCGGGGAUAGAUUUAGGGGCCAAGGGAAACCACAGGGGGGCCGUGGUCUAGAUCGAGAUUUCAGUAAACAACCCAAGUUCCAAAGGCAGGAGAGAGGAGCAGAGAGACAUCCAGGGUCCAAGUACAGCAAGCCCGAGUCCUUUCCCUCUGUGGGCAGAGGGAGGGGGCGAGGGCGAGGCAGGGGUGGAGGCAGAGGUGUCUUUACCCAUCAGGAACCACAGCAGGCACUGCAUCCAUCGUGGGAGGCCAGUAAGAAAAGGAAGGAGCAGCAUGGACAAAUCCUGGCCUUCCAGGGGAAGAAGAUCAAGUUUGACGAUGACGACUGAAACCGUUUGUUUAUUAACGUUGAAUACAUUUAGUUUGAGUGUCGUACACACCACAUUUUUCUGGUCCUCGUUAUCUGGCCCACUAGUGAGGCGUAAACGUCGUCCCUCAGUAUGUUGGAGGCUCAAUACUAGUGGAGAUGAUCUUUGAGAAGAUUUGUUUGUAUUAAAUAUCAGGAGAAAUGUGUUGGAAUAUAAUUUUAUUCCCAAAUGAGAUUUAAUUCUAAAUUGUGAAAUGCAUCACUUGAAGCAUGUUAUUUGUCGUGAAAUAGAUUUACUAGUUGACAAGUAAUUUGUAAGAGGGCCAAUUCUGUUAGAAAUGUAUAUUUGGGAAGUGAUAUUUUUCUUUUUUAAUGUUUUUUUGAAUAAAGUAUUUCUAAACCUGUA